CCAACAGCACACGCGCUCGCCGCCGCUCCUCGCAGCAUCGCUGGCCGCCGCCUCCGCCUGUGGACUGAUUCGGAUUGCUGCACGCGUCUCCAGGGGUUUAUCGGGCCCCGCUCAUCACUGAGCGGCGGACCUCGCUGCUGACCGAGAUGCUUCGCUUUUUCGCCUUCUUCCUCCUCCUCCCGGCCGCCAGGGCUGCUGCUAACGGAACCGAGGAAGCAGAGUUCAUCAGAGUUUGGCCAGAAAAACUUGUGGUGGAAUCUGGAGGGUUCGUUGUGUUGAACUGCAGCUCCAACUGUGAUGGAAUUGGCCUUGAGACCAGCUUGAACCAGGUUCCUGCAGGAAACGGGAGGACAUGGAAGGCCUUCAAUCUCACCAGUGUCAAUCAGUGGGCACCCACCCCAUUGUGCUAUGCUCAGUGCACAAGUAGCAACAUACAACCUCAGCGGGCAGAGAUUACCGUCUACCAAGCUCCAAAGCAUGUAGUGCUGGACCCGGUGCCAGAAAUGGAGGUGGGCAAGCCGUACAACUUAACCUGCCGGGUUUCCAGUGUUGCCCCCAUCCGGAACCUCAUUGUGACCUUGCUCAAAGGGGGAGAAGAGCUUUUGGUGGAGACAUUUGAGAAUCACACUGUACCUGCAGCUACCGAUGCCCUGGUGACCCAUCAGAUAAUUGCUCAGCAGGAUGAUCACAGGGCAGAAAUCACCUGCCAUGCAGCACUAGAUCUGAGACCGGAAGGGCCACUCUUUGAAAGGGCAUCUGACAACGAAUCACUGGUGUCUGUUGUUUUUUCCUCGGAUCCCCACCUGGAAGCCCCGCUUGUCAUGGAGACCAAUACCACGAUGGCUGUCCACUGCCAUGUGUCUGGAGUUUUCCCAGCUGAGGAGGCCCAGUUUGAUUUGCAGUUUGCAGGGAAGAGCUGGAACCUCAGCACAAGUGUGUCGGGGUCCAGUGUGAGCGCGCAGGCCCUGGUGUCUUCCUCGUCCACAGGAGAACACACGCUGCUCUGCACAGUCUCUCUGGGGCGAGUGAGCCGAAGGGUUGAGAAGACAGUGAAUGUGUACAGUUUGCCCAAACCCAUCCUGGGCAUUGAUCAACCAAAGAUCCUCGUCAAUCAAAGUGUGCUCAUUACUUGCAGGUGUAAUGAGACGGGCUGCUCUGGUACUGUAAUGCAUCUCAGCGAUGGCAAGCACCUAUUAGUAAAUGGACACCCUCCUUUCUUGCAAUAUGCACUGACAACUCGCAAAGAGGAUGAUGGGAGAGAAUUCACAUGUCAAGUAGCACGAAUGGUUGAUGGACAUCCAGUUGCAAAAGAGACCUUGGUAUACCUCACUGUCUUCUAUGGGCCCCAGAUGAAUGACUCCAGCUGCCCUACUAAGUUGACCUGGACAGAGGAUAGUGAAGAGACUCUUACCUGUUCUGCCCAGGGAAACCCACCACCAACUGUUGAAUGCAAGAAAGGUGACACGUCUUACAAUAUUGGGGUCCAGCAGCGUGUCCAGAGAGAGCAUGGUGGCAUAUAUCACUGCAGAGCCACCAACGAUUAUGGCCAUGAAGUUAGAAAUGUGACCAUAGAAGUUAAAUUUUUCCAGCGCAACGUUCAUAUAAUAAUAAUCGCAGCAGUUAUUUUUUGUGUAAUUAUUGUGGCCGUUAUUCUAGUCUUAUCACAUAAACAAUCCAAGAAGAGAGACAAAUACAAUGUAAAGAGGAAAUGGCAAUCAUGCAGCUACCCUUUGGAGCCAAUACAACCGAAUGGCAAUGUGCAGAUGGUUGAUGAGAAUGAGCCAAAUAAUGAAGAGGAACACAGACCUAUGCAGGCAAACCAAGCUGAUCUCAGCUAGCUGGGGGCAGAGAGCAUUCUGCAGAAGCAGAGCUACAGAUGGGCAGUAUUCCAGUUGGACUUGUCUUGGAGGAUUAUUUGGAAAGCGAUGGUGGUUAAACUUUCAGGCAGUGACUGGUAACCUUCACUAUGAAGACGCCCACCCAGAGAGAUGGGCUCAGAGACUUGGGCCACGUGUCUUCUUGUUAAGGCCUCCUCUUCUAUCCAGGGCUGCCCUCCAGAUGCUUAGCUGAAGAGGUGACUGGACAGCUCUGGAAGGCUUAAAAGAGACCUGACAGCUUUCACUAACUCAAAGACCAACCAAAGACCAAACCUCUUCUGGCUUCUAUGAUCUACAGCAGGAACCCUGGAUGGUUUUCUAGUUUUGUCUCCUGGUAUGAAAACUUGGGAUUGUCUUAUGCAAAAAUACGAUGUGUCAUAUAACUUUGAACUGACUGGAAUUAAUGAACCUGAAUGCCAACAUAAUACUUUUCCUAAGCAGAAGAGCUCCUGAGCAUUGAAAUGGGCUGGUAUAAAGGAAAGGCAGAGAACAUCAUCCUCUAUCGGUGAAGAAUAUUUCUUUAAAACAGGAAUGCUGCAUUGUGUGGUUGUGUGUGCCUAGGUUUUCCAUGCCCCUGCUGGUUAAAAGCAUCAGAACCAGUUGGCAAAAUGGUGCAGAGUCACAUGCAUAUGUGAAGACACCCACCUGAGGCAUUUAAUUUUUUAUGUCUGUAUGUAACACAUGUGAAAUUGUUAGAAUAGGAAGAAAACUGUAUCACAGAACUUGUCUUAUUGGAAAACUCCUUGACUCCAAUAUUCUACGUAAUAAUUUGCCAUACUUUGAGAUUGCAUUCUGGAUGCUGAGCACCCACACAACCAUUUAGUUAAAGGAACUGCAAAUUAUUUUUCAUGCAGCUUCCCAAAUGUGAUUAUUUUUUUUCUUCUAAACCGAGCAAGUCUUUCUAAUUCUGUCUUGCACAUAAUGGUUUUACAUUCAUGCUUUAUGGCAGGAAGAGUAACAGCAACUUCUUAAUAUGUGAGACCACAACAGGGUCAAUGAGAAACAAGAGGGAAGAAAUUCUUUCAAAGACCUAAAGAGCUUGAGGCCACAUUAUGUGAAGGGACAUCUCCCAUAAAUACCUACGCUCAGCGGUUCUGCUCCAGGAGCCCCUGCCAAAGCAAGUGACUCAUAUGAAGAGAGCCUUGGAAUUGUGGAGCCCCAGUUGUGCAAUGAGCUUUCCAGAGAAGCUAAUGGUGCCUACAGGGUACUCUUUCUGGCAUCAGGUUAAUCUUCCCAGGGAUUUUGGUCUUUGGUUUCUGGUUUAAUUGUUAUUGUAUUUUAAUUUUUGUACUGUUCUACUUCUGUUCUUUACUGCAGUUUUAGACAUUAGAACCUUUUAUGUUGUAUUUUAUGGUUUUAAAUUUUUUUGAACUGCCAAGAGUAAUUUGGUCACUAGGUGACAUAGAAAUAAAAUGGAUAGAUAAAUAA